UGGAGUGGUCACACAGUGGCUUGUGGGUCCCCCAUCCGCAUCAGGAUGCCUGCCCAUGGCUGUCGGUGCUGCUGCAGAACAGAUUGGCUCCCGACGUCCCCAAGUGCAGCGCUUGACUUUUCCCCGUCGGAGUCGAUGCCGUUGCCCACCGCUCACUUUCGUAACGGAGAAAGUGGAAGGGGAGGAACUGAUCGUCGCCCUCGGUCGGGCUCUUUCUGCGGCAGCCGAGGGGAGUUGCAGUGGUGGGAGUCCUUCCGUUUCUCUUUCUCUCCCGCAGCACCGACGGGGCCAGGCGUCCGCGUGAAAGGCGGGACCGCUCCGUCGGUUUUCCCCUGCUGGCCCUCGGGAGCUCGAUUUCACCAAGGCAAAGUCCGGCAUGGCGGCGCCGGCGGCACUAGAAGAACACUCCAGUGCGUGCAAUGUGCUGAUUAUAUAUGGGAGAGAUGCUGGUGAAUGGUGUCGGUAUCUUCAGAGCCUCUUCCACUUGUGCCAAGAAGUCCAAAGCUAUCAAGUAGGGAAUGAAACUACUAUUUCCACUAAGGAGUUGGACCUCUUAAGGAGCAGCAAGUGCAUUCUUAUUUUACUGUCGUCUGGACUGGUGCAGUGUUUCUAUAUCCCUGAAAUCCUUCAGGGCCUGCAGAAUGUCCUCCAGCCACCCCAUAAAGUGGUGAAGCUGUUCUGUGGAAUAUCAGAAUGUGGGAAUUACCAAGAGUUCUUCAAAGACUGGUCCCAGUGGAAACAACUGACCUAUGAUGAUGAUCCUGAUGCCUAUGUCGCAGCUGUCAUGAAGGCUAUUUCAGAAGGAGAUUCUGGUUGCGAUUCAGUGACUGAUGCAGAAGUGGAGGAUGACAGAAACUUACAAGAUGCAUGCAAUAUUGCAAUGAGCCAACAGCAUGGGACCUUGGUAACCAGACUAGGAAGCCUAAAUACAGUGCAGCCUGAUCGCAUACGCUGUGGGGUGAAGACUAUAGUUUACAUAAUCCUAAAAUGUAAACUGGAUAGCCACGUAAAAGUGGAAGUGGAAUUUUCCUCUGACAGCUGCCAGUCAGUGCGAGCGCCGGCCAGGAUAGAGAAUGAGUAUACAGUCUCAGUUUGCCCACCUGAUUUAUUACCUGGAACUGUAUGUCUGCGAUUGUUUUCUGGAGAUUUAAUGAUAGCUGAAGCAAACAUCUGCUAUUACACUGACAUGGAAGAAAUCAGCAACUUGCUGGCUACUGCAGCAAAUCCAGUGGAAUUCAUGUGUCAGGCGUUUAAAAUAAUACCUUACAACACAGAAGCUCUAGACAAAAUCCUGACUGAAUCAUUGAAAAAGAACCUCCCUGCAAGUGGUUUGCAUCUCAUAGGGAUCAACCAGCUGGAGGAAGAAGACAUUAUAAGCCAGAGGGAUGAAGAACUGCCAACUCUGCUGCACUUUUCUGCAAAAUAUGGGCUAAAGAACCUCACAGCCCUUUUGCUUACAUGCCCUGGAGCCCUUCAGGCCUACAGUGUUGCCAACAAGCAUGGUUACUAUCCCAACAACAUUGCAGAGAAUGAGGGCUUCAAAGAUCUCCGACAGUUCAUUGAUGAAUAUGUGGAGACAGCAGAUAUGCUGAAAAGUCACAUAAAGGAGGAGCUGAUGCAGGGUAAGGAGGAUGAUUCUGUGUACGAGUCCAUGGCUCAUCUCUCCACUGACCUGUUGAUGAAAUGUUCUCUGAACCCUGGUUGUGACGAGGAGCUCUACGAAUCGAUGUCUGGCUUGGUUUCUGGAGCUACAGAGGGCUUGUAUGUAGAAAUGCUUCAGUCAGAGGCUAGCAACCCCUUUUCUCAGACGACCAAGACCUAUAUGAUGCGCAAGUUCUUAGAAGGGGUUAAUGUGGAUGUAUCAGAAUUGAGAGAGGAUAUAUACCACGAUUGUGAAGAUGAAGAACUUUACCACACUGUGGAGCAAGACAGCUUCCCUCAGGAAAUGGUGAACAGGCCACCUGUUCCUGUUCCGAGACCUGAUCCAUCCACUAAACAACAGGAGAAAGAAUCAUACAUUUAUAAAGUUUUUGCAGGAAAAGAUCAAGAGAGACCUGGGAAUCUCUAUGUGUCUGCAGGCAAUAUUAGGAAAGAGCCGGCAGACAGAGGUUCAAAGGUUCAGCCUCAAACCAGUAUAUAUGACCCAUUUGCUGGGAUGAAAACCCCCGGCCAAAGGCAACUGAUCACUUUACAGGAACAAGUAAAACUGGGGAUGCUCACUGUAGAUGAAGCUGUCCUAUGUUUCAAGGAGUGGCAGCUUAAUCAAAAAAGGCGAUCAGAAUCAUUUCGCUUUCAGCAGGAAAACCUGAAAAGAUUACGUGACAGCAUCACUCGACGGCAAAUUGAGAAGCAGAAGGCUGGCAAACAUGCAGAUUUGGAAAUCUCUGUGCCUGUUGGGCAUUCCCAGAAUGCCCCCCCAAAACCAGAAUGUAGCAUAUAUGAAAGUAGUCCCCGGAAAAAUCUCUUCCCACCAAUCAAGCGAGGAGACUGGAAAACUGAAAGCACAUCAAGCACUGGAAGUAGUUCAAGUAACCGAUCCAGUACACGAAGUAUACUGAGUGUCAGCAGUGGGAUGGAUGGCGACAAUGAGGAUAAUGAGAUGCCAGAAGUGAAGAGAAAUUUCAACUUUGGGACCAAGCAAGCAGACAGGCAACACUUCAUGCCACUUGGAAGGCCACCAAGAAUACCUCCACGAGUUGCUAGCAGGCCUUUGAGCACUGACAAAUUCCAUCCUCCUCCACCUGUACCCCCAAGAGGUCGUGAAAUGCCACGCUAAAUCUUUGGGAUAAUGAAUACUUAAAUGUGGAAAUGCAUGGUUUUUAUUCUUGACUUUUUGGUGGUAAUAAUAUAAGUAUCCAGCAUAAGUUUUUUCCUCACUCAUCCCCUUCAAAUGAAUAACUUUGACAAAGGUUUCUUUGAAUACCAAAUCAAGGGGCAAAGAACAAGAAGUUGGCUGUCCUCUGAUAGUAGUGGCUUUCCAGAACAACCUGAUUACAGCAGAGGAAAGUACACACUGAGCUUCUUUGGGAGCGUCUGGUUCUUCUACCUGAAGUACAUUAGACCAAAGGCAACAAUCCCUCAACUUGAAAACGGAAUAACUACAAGUGGACCCUUUUCACUAUUUAUAUGCAAAUGAGGUAGUCAACUGUGCUAUAUGAAGCCAAAUGUGCAUUGUACUUCAGGUAGGCAGACAGGAGAUUCCAUGGUGCAGUGGGGAGCUUGACCAUAGUGCACUAAACACUGGAGUAACUUCUUCUAAAUCUGUCCAAACGUUAUUAAUGUUAUGAUGGUUCUGUAUGUCAGACUACUAAAUUGAUGCCUAAAGCUGCAUUUCAGAUAAUACAACAAUUCAGAAACA